AUGCAAAUUAAUUAUUGAUUUUUAUAACAGAUGGUUUUCCCAGUAAUAGGAGUUGUUUAUUGUUAUAAGUAGCCGAAAAUCUUUUAACCUUUAUUUUGUACGAAUAAUAUACCAAGAAAUAUGUCAACAGAAGCAGUAUUUCAGAAUGAAGACGAUUUCGUGAAAGCGCUUUUAGAUUGUCGCUCAGAUUCUUGUGAUAAAAAUUGGGUUUUGGCCCAUCAUGCCGAUGGAAACCCAUCCCUUAUUGCCUAUUUAGCAUCAGGAAACAACGGUGUUGAGGAAAUGAAAGGAUUUUUAGAAGAUAAUAAAGUCAUGUAUGGGUUAGUUCGCCUUGAACUACCUGUUGAUCAAAGUGUUACGGUGAAAUUUAUCUACAUUCGUUGGAAUGGAAAGGAGGUUCCUUUUACAAAACGUGGUAAAUAUGGUGUAGUCCAUGGGAGCAUUGAAAAAAGAUUUCAUCCACAUCAUAUUUUUAUUGAGGCUGAAAAUCGAUCAGAAUUAGAUCAUGAAUUAUUGAUGAACAAAGUGGAAGAGAACAGUUUUACAAAAAACAAAGUUUUAGAUAAGAAUCAAGCUACGGAGAGAAAGGCUUAUGAUCGUGGCUUUACUGGUUAUGAAACUGGCAAUACCAAGAAGAAGGUCACUUCCGGAUUUGUGGGAGUUCAGGGAAAGAGUGGUGCAUCUUUGAACUUUGAUGAUUCCAUAACUGACGCAGUGGCUGAUGUACGCUCUGAUUCAUCCAAUACAAACUGGUUUGUUGCUGUUUACCAAGAUGGUAACCCUAAAUCACCUUUAGUUUGUCAUGGGACAGGAGAUAAUGGUAUACAUGGAAUUAUAGAAGUGUUGACCAAUGAUAUUGUGGCCUAUGCACUAUGUAGAGUUACUGAUGUUGUGGAUGAUAUAUCGACAGUUAAGUUUGUGUACAUUCAAUGGGUUGGUGACAAUGUAAAACCAAUGGUUAAGGCAAGAAUAAGCACACACAAAGCAGACUUGGAGAAAAUAUUUCAUCCUGCUCAUGUGACGAUAUUUGCAAAUCGCCACGCUGAUAUCAGUGAAAAAGAAAUUAUGGAUAAGGUGCAGAGUUCAAGUGGCUCUAAGAGUCAUGUUAGAAAUAAGUAGUUUUGUUCUGUAGCACAAUAAAUGAUAUCAACAUCUACGUAUGUCACAUAAUUUUCAAUAUGAAUAAGUUGUUUUGUAUAGUGGAUUAAAUUAUUCAAAAUAUACGUAACCAUUUUGAAUGUAUUAUAGUUACUAUCAUGUUCAAAUGUAGCAUAUAAUAUGUGAUUGAAUAAACGUUGUUUUCAACGCA